AUGUCUCAUAACUUUAUAUGCAAGAAGGAUGCUAAAACUACAGACCUGUGCGCCAUCAAUGGUAAUGGAGGUGUGACAGAUCCGAAGUCGGGACAUUGUUAUUGCCCAGAUGGAUGGUCUGGAAAAUAUUGUGGUUGCGCUGAGCCAACUCAUUGUGCCAUUGAGGAAGUAAACCGAGUAUCCUGUGGAACUAAGACAGAGGCAGAAUGCAUAUUAGCAUCAUGUUGCUACGAUGUUUCAUCAACACCCUCGUGUUUCUUCACAGAUAACAUCGCUCGUGGAAAGUCAGCUUUCCAAUCAUCAGAUUUCUCAAGUGGGUCGCCCGAUGCGAGUAAUGCUAUAGAUGGCGAUACCAACCUUGACUAUAGCUCUGGAUCGUGCAGUAAGACGGCUGAAAGUGGCUCAACGCCUGUCUACUGGAUUGUAGACCUUCAGGAUGACUACAUCAUUGAGAAAGUUCGCAUAUUUGAAAGUAACUCGGACGAGAGCCUUGGGAAUUUCCACAUUGAUGCAGCUAUGGUUAUCCUCAACCAGUCUGACCCGGAAUCAAGUGAAUGGGAUCGCUGUGCCUCAAUCCUUGGAGAUGUAGAGACAGAACAAACGAUAUCUUGUAAAUUUGGGGUCAUCGGUAGAUAUGUGAGAGUAAGACGUGCUGUUGAUAAUGACAGCACUCCAUUGGUUUUAUGUGAGGUGAAAGUUCAUGGACAGCUUGUUGAAAAUGUUGCACUUGGAAAGACAACAUUCCAGUCUUCAACUUUAAGCACUUAUGGCAGCGAACUUGCUGUAGAUGGCGACACAAAUAGCAUCCUAACAGGAAACAGUUGUUCCAGUACCGAGGAGCCGGCCAAUGUAGACGCCCCCUGGUGGAUCAUAGAUCUGAAUGAUUUCUACAGGGUGAUCAGAGUUGAUAUAUUUGACAGGACGGACGCUGAAACAUCACGAUUGCAAAAUUAUCAGAUAGAUGUCACUCGAGAAAUAGUUGACACUGGAAAUAUUGAUUCUGUACAUUGGGAGACAUGUGCUGUUGAGUUGUACGACCCUGAAGACGCAGUCAUCGCAGAACGCUGCUUUUCAAGACCACAAGCAAGGUUUCUGAGAAUCAGACUGAACUAUCUCGAAACAUUGACAUUGUGUGAAGUCAGAGUAUAUGGAGCAAAGGCUAAUGUAGCAACAGGGCAUGUGACGAGCCAGUCAUCGACGUUUGGUGGCCAGUCCAGUGAUUUAGCAAUAGAUGGCGAUACAAACAGUGGGGGAGUAUGUACCCAGACUUUAGAUGAGGCGAAUGGUUAUUGGCAAGUUGAUCUAGGUCUUACCUAUGACGUAGAAAGUGUUGUGUUGUACAACAGCGACACAAACCCUGAACGGUUGUCCAAUUACUCGAUAGAAGGUACCGUUAGGUUAUUGGAUCCACCUGAUACAUCCUCAACUCAGUGGACAUUGUGCAAAGAGCGCAUUGGCCCAGCCGCAUCCAUGGCUGAUGGUUACGUUAUUCAGGAAUUCUGUGAUCAGAGGACUGUUGCAAGAUGGCUACGAAUUCGGAAAGACGGGGUCCUUGCCUUGUGUGAAGUUCAGAUAGAAGGUUCUGUUGUCGAAAACGUUGCGAAGAAUAAAGAAACAUUCCAGACUAGUUUGACUACUAAUGAAGUAUCCGACAAUGCUGCUGACGGUGACAUUUCAACCUGUUCAAAGACAUCAGAUCCACCUUCCGAAUUGGAAUCUGUAAAAUGGACUGUGGAUCUCAAUGAGAUUCACUUCAUAGACACAGUCAUUCUGUUUAUUGAUAGUACAAGUACCGGUAUGUCUAACUAUAUAAUAGAAGUUAGCCCAGACUUCCAGACGUGGACACAAUGUGUUGAAGACACCGAUGGACUCGAUUUUCCAAAUAGUUUAAUGCAAAUAGAUGUUUGUCAAAACAUUGUGGAAGGCCGCUGGAUUAGAAUAAAACUGCAGACGUUAACGAUGCCCCUGGUACUAUGUGAAGUACAGGUUCUAGCUGAAAAAGAAAACAACAUCGCACUUAACAAAGUGACGCUUCAGUCAUCUAAAGAUGUGACACAAGAUUUUGGUGAUAGUUUCCUUGCAAAUGAUGGGAAUACCGAUGGUACAGUCCUUGGUGGGUCGUGCACGCUAACAAAUAAUGAACCAGAGCCUUAUUGGAUAGUUGACUUUGGAGAGUCUGUGUCCAUUAAAAGUGUUGUUAUUUACAAUAGAGUUGAUGCUUCCGCGAUUUUUCUAACAGAUUUUGUUGUUGAGGCAACAAAUGCACUCGACAUAGAAAACAAUGAGCUGACUCCAUGGAAACUGUGCGCUAGACAGAGGGGUGGUGUUGACUAUGGACGGCAGGGACAGAUAAUCACGUGUCCAACUCAUCUUAUGGGACGUUGGCUCAGGGUCUCCCUGAAAUCAGCAGGGAUACUUUCCCUUUGUGAGGUUGUGGUCAAUGGAAGAGAUGGCUGUCAAGUUGAUCAGGCAGAAUGUGUUGAUGCAAUAGAUGGUGACAUCUCAUGCAAGUGUAGGGAGGGCCUGACUGGACAAUAUUGUAACUGCCCAUCUGACGACAUAUGCAAGUAUGGCGAGUGUGUAGAUGAUCCUGAUGGGAAGUUUGUAUGUGACUGCCAAAGACCGUUUUAUGGCCAAUAUUGUGGAUGCCGUCCAGGUGCAUGUAGUGGGCACGGUUUCUGUACAGACGUUAAAGGCCUCGUAUAUACUUGUGAAUGUGAUGCAGGUUUCUCUGGGACAUUCUGUGCUUGUAGUAAUGCAUCUUGCAAUGGACAUGGUACUUGUAGCAGUGACCUUGAGAAGUUUGUCACGUGUACGUGUGACGCUGGAUAUCAUGGUGAAACGUGUAAAUGCCCAGAUUCAACAGGACCAUCAUGCCCGAACACAUCCCCAAAUAGGAAGGUGACAUUCACAGAUGCAGUGCAAGCCAUUGCUACACAAUGUGCAUUAAUGCUACAUAAGCAUGCGCGUGAAUACCACGCAAUAGCAUAUUUCUUUAACCGGGAUGACAUUGAGCUGCCGGGAAUACGUUUCAAUUUCAUGCAAGCUCGGAAAAUGGAAAUGCAAACAAAGGCUACAAUUUAUGAGUUAAUCACAACGAGUGGUGGCUGUAUAGUAUUCGGCGAAGUCCCGGCUCCAGUUGAUUGUGACUGGACUAUUUUGGACGCCCUGCAGAAAUUCGUUGACAAUAACAAGGCGGCUUCGUCAUGCUUUGAUUCACUUUACUUCCAAGCUGGGGUCGACAAUGAUAUCAACACCCAGGAGUUUAUUGACGUUCAUUUAAUACUACACCGAAUGAAGAUUUCGGCAUAUGGCGCGAGGGCUUUGAAUACUGCAAAGAGAUUCUUGCUCCCAACUGCAAGUCCGGCAAAGGAAAGGUUGUUUGAUUGGAUGAACUCGUGGUGGGGAUACAUUCCAUUUAUUCAUUUCACAACAGACAAAGCUGCAAUUAAACGCAUGUUGAAAAAUGCAG